AUGUCAUGCACGAAUACCCAUCCCAGCAGUACACCCAAAUCGAUAAGUCCUUCUUCCAGCGUGGCGAGUAGCGCUGCGACCUUGGUACCGGUGUCGGGGGUUCCUUCAUCCAGUCCUCGACGAAAAGUUCAACAAGUCCGCAAUGGCUGGCCUAGCGAAGCAGCGCGCCCAGGGGGAAAAAAGCAGCAGCAGCAGGCUUGCGCUUCCAACGACUCCUCUUCAGCAUCGCGCGAUACCACACAGCGUUCCAUCAACAAGUUCGACGGCAACAAGGAUCCACGCGGCAUUCCCGUCGUCAAGAUGACCAACCAGAUCCGAGGUUCUCCGGUCUACAUGCCAAUGGAUGUUCUCCACAUCAAUGCAAACCAGCGCUACAACACCAGGUUGAGCGAUUCUCCGACCGCUGCGGCAACUGUGAAGCUGAACGUCACCAAAGCUGCGAGUGCCCCCAGCGGUGCUGUGCAGUACGGUGUCCGUCUCCUCAACUGGGCUAACGAUCCUUACUCAAGCACUAUGGCUGGUGGUGGUGCCGGUGGAUGGACAUGUCGGCCGUGGUGGUGCCGACAUCUACGAUGCCUGCGGAGGGAGGGUAGAAGGAGAUGA